CUCAUUGCGACGCGCAACUGUGGAUUCAUGGUGACGUGCAGAGACGUGGCGGUGCCAAUGUAAGCUUCGCUGGCCUCACCACACACCACACCGUUCUUGGAUCAAGCAAGCAUCACGGUCCGGCUUCACCAUUCUCCCACCAACACACGCUCUUUUCCCCCCACCACAAGCAGCGGAGCUGGCUACCAAAACCCCCAGGGCCGCCCGCAACCAAGGCUCACCGGUCACAAUAUUCGCUUCUUAGAACCUCGAUUUCCUGGCUCUCAGAAGCCAGCGUCCGCCCACCAUGGCCCACAUUCAAACAUCGAAGCUCCCCUUCCGCGAUAUCAACGUGAAGGUCGCCAGCGACUCCUACACCUUCACCUCGCCUUCUUCCCCCGAUGCGCCUGCUCUUGUCAUUGACCGUCCCACGGGCGAUGUGCGCUUGACUGAGGGCGCUGCUGGAACCGCCAAGCGGGCAUCGCGCGUUUCCAGCAUUGCCGGUAUCUUGGGAAUCAUCCAACUCAGACUGGACAAAUAUGUCAUCUUCAUCACCAAGGCUCAGCCCAUCGGCCGUAUCAAGGGCCACAUGGUCUACAAGGUCGUCUCCACCGAGAUCCUCCCGAUGCGCGAGCGCCAGAUCCACGACCCCGAUGAGGAUAUCUUUAUUGAGCUCCUCAAGACUUUCAUGGCCAGCGGUCCCAUGUACUUCUCUUACUCCAUCGACCUCACAAACUCCUUCCAGCGACAGGCGCAGAUGGAUGCCUCCCAGCCUUUGUGGAUGAAGGCCGACGACCGCUUCUUCUUCAACAAGUAUCUCCAGUCAGAUCUGAUCAACUUCCGCAACCGAGGGUCCCGAUCUAACCCAGGCUCCCAACCCGGAAUUGAUCCCUUCAUCCUGCCAUGCAUCUUUGGCAUGCUCGAGAUCAAGCCCACAACCUUCAAGAGCAACCCCCUGACGCUAGUCCUCAUCUCCCGUCGAUCGCGCCACAGAGGCGGAACCAGAUACUUUACCCGUGGUGUAGACGAGGAAGGUCAUGCCGCCAACUACAACGAGACGGAGCAGAUUGUCAUUCUCAAUGACAGCAAUAGUGGCAUGGGAGGGUAUGCCGGGAGCUCCGAUAUGCAGAGUGGCAAGUUCGGCGCGGGUGCCGGAAAGGAGAUGCAGAUAUUCUCCUACGUCCAGACCCGUGGCAGUGUUCCCGCGUACUGGGCUGAGAUCAACAGCCUCCGCUACACCCCAAAGCUCCAGAUCCGGGGUAUUGAGGCCGGCUUCUCAGCUGCCCAGAAGCACUUUGAUGAGCAGAUCCAGCUGUACGGCGACAAUUAUCUCAUCAACUUGGUGAACCAGAAAGGCCGUGAGCAGCGAGUCAAGGAGGCGUAUGAGAAGAUGGUACAGAUGCUCAUUACCUCGCCGAAGCAGGGCCAGGACUCCGACCUUCUUACUGAGGAGAAGUUCACGACGAUCCAGCCCCAGACUAAGCACCAAGAGUUUGAUCGCCUGCACUACGUCUACUUCGACUAUCACAGCGAGACCAAGGGCAUGCGGAUGGACAAGGCCUAUGCUCUGAUUGAGCGGCUAGCUGAUGGCCUCGAGAAACAGGGCUACUUCCGAGCCGUCGACACGCCGUCGAAUCUCGGCAGUAGCAUUGAUGCCCGCAACUACCAGACGAGCGUCAUGCGCACCAACUGCAUGGACUGCCUUGAUCGUACCAACGUUGUCCAGAGCAUGUUCGCGCGCCACGUUCUUGACCGCAUCUUUGAGGAUGUAGGCUUCAUGGCCCGCGGAGCUUCGUUCCGCGACGAGGACGACGCCUUUGAGAACAUGUUCCGUAACCUCUGGGCUGACAACGCCGACGUUAUCUCCACUGCCUACUCGGGCACCGGAGCCAUGAAGACGGACGUCACCCGCACCGGCACGCGCACCAAGGUCGGCGCCCUCCAGGACGCUCGCAUCGGCGUCACGCGAUACUUCCGCAACAACUUCUUCGACGGACCUCGCCAGGACUCGUUCGAUCUCUUCCUCGGCGCCUACCAGCCCGGCACCACCAACAUCGGCACUACCCUCGUCUUCACCGACCGCCGACCAAUUCUGAUCCAGUCCAUCCCUUAUAUCCUCGCCUUCAGUGUCUUCAUCAUCUUUGUCGGCCUAUUCACCCGCCGUGCGCCGGACGCCAGCAUCUGGCCCAUGCGCCUCUUUCUCCUAUUCUUCUUCGGCGUUGCCAUAUGGGCCUUCAGCUUUGUCUGGGGCCACGGUAUGCUCUAUGUCAACUGGCCGCGCCUCAACCCUCGACCAUAUGCCGUGGAGGGUUACAACGAGCACUACACCAAGGCACGCAAGGACGGCCUCGUCGGCUCAUUCGUGGCGAAACACGAGCGCGGACUCAGCACGGCGCGCUACCUCAACGCCGAGGAGGGCAAGAAGAGGAUCGAGUAGGCAGGUCCUCGGGCGGAAAAGACUUAUUCGUUUCUUCAUUUAUUCGUUCAAUUGUUGGGUUCUUUGUAAUGUUCAAGGUGUGCCCUCUAGCUCAGCCGAGAGCAGGAUUUUGAGGAGAAGCAUGUCAUCUUUGUAAUAACUAAAGUUAAGAUAGUUCGCCAAGAUGGCUUCAUCCCAGGAAGGCAUAUUUUGUAAUGGGCGGUAUAGAUAGGUACAAGAGAGUGAGAAUAAAGAGAGAUG